UCCAGAGUUCUAUCCAAACACAUAAAAAUAAAGGCUCAGCCAUCCCCUGUACCCUCCACAAGAUGUAAUUCUUUAAUAUUUAAUCUACCAUCUCUAUUGUUUACUUCCCUUCAUGGCUUCUUUGCCUUCACUUGCGGUCAAUUGCACUCUUAAACUCGAACCAGAUUCCAGAAAACACCCUGCGCCUUCCACCUCUCUUCCCACUCAGAAGAAUCCUAGCAUUUCUUAUCAGGGAAAUCAGACAGUUAAUCAACUGAAUGGGAAUUCAGAACCAGUUAGGUCUGCGGAUUUUCAAGAAGCUCUUACUAUGAUAAAAGAGGGCACUAAGGUUGAAACAUCUUAUUAUGUUCCUGUCCUGAAAGAAUGCAUAGACAAGAACUCAAUUUCAAAUGUACAAGUUGUUCAUGCUCACAUCAUAAAGACCGGAACACAUGAAGACUUUUUUGUGAUGACAUUUCUUGUUAAUGUCUACGCAAAAUGUGGAAAUAUGGAAGAAGCUCAAAAGGUUUUCCACAAUCUGCCUAAAAUAAAUGUUGUUGCACGGACAAGCCUGAUGACGGGUUAUGUUCAAAAUUCACAGCCGAAGCAUGCCAUUCAUGUUUUCCUAGAGAUGCUGGAAGCUGGGGUUUAUCCUACAAACAUCACUCUUGGAAUUGCUUUAAAUGCUUGUGCCUUACUGGAGUCUAUCAAAUUGGGGAAGCAAAUCCAUGCCUAUAUUGUUAAGUAUCGGACUGAAGAUGACACUAGCGUUGGAAACUCACUUUGUAACUUAUAUUCAACAUGUGGCAACCUGCAUUCAACUGUUAAAGCCUUUGAGAGGAUUAGGGAAAAGAAUGUGAUUUCAUGGACUUCAGUUAUAUUUGCUUGUGGUGCAAAUGGCGAAGUUUUGAAGGGGUUGAAAUUUUUUGCUAGGAUGCUUUCUGAAGGCGUUUUACCUAAUGAAUUUACAGUAACUAGCAUCUUGAGCAUGUGUUCUACAAUGCUGUCGCUGCGUGUAGGAGUACAACUUCACUCGAUGAGCAUUAAACUUGGCUAUGAAUCAAACCUCCGCAUAAAAAAUUCGAUCAUGUAUUUGUACCUCAAAUGUGGAUCUCUUGAUUCGGCAAAUAAAUUUUUUGAUAGCAUGGAACAUGUCAGCUUGGUUACAUGGAAUGCGAUGAUCGCAGGCCAUGCCCAAAUGAUGAAUCUAGCUAAGGAUGAUUUUUCAGCUCACCAUGGUGGAACUGAGGCGCUGAACAUUUUCUCAAAAUUGAAUCGAUCAGGCUUGAAACCAGAUCUGUACACCUUUUCAAGUAUCUUGACUGUUUGUAGUAGAUUGGUGGCCUUAGAACAAGGGGAACAAAUUCAUGCUCAAACCCUUAAAACCGGAUUUUUGUCAGAUGUGGUUGUGGGAACUGCACUGGUUAACAUGUAUAACAAAUGUGGAAGCGUUGACAGAGCAAGCAAAGCAUUUGUGGAGAUGUCUACAAGAACAUUGAUAUCAUGGACUUCCAUGAUUACUGGUUUCGCAAACCAUGGCCAGAGUCAGCAAGCACUAUGGCUUUUUGAGGAUAUGUUGGUUGCAGGAGUUAGACCGAAUCAGGUAACUUUUGUGGGUGUUUUAUCAGCUUGCAGCAAUGCAGGAAUGGUUCAUGAAGCACUCAGUUACUUUGAGAUGAUGCAAAAGGAUUACAAAAUCAAGCCUGUGAUGGACCAUUUCGUGUGCUUGAUUGAUAUGUAUGUGAGGUUAGGUCGCUUAGAGGAAGCUUUUGAUUUCAUUAAGAAAAUGGAUUCUGCACCCAACGAGGUGAUAUGGUCACUCUUGAUUGCAGGAUGUAGGAGACAGGGGAACAUGGAAUUAGGAUUUUCCGCCGCUGAAAAAUUACUUCAACUCAAACCAAAAAAUCCUGAAACUUACGUUAUGUUGUUGGAUAUGUUCCUCUCCGCAGACAGGUGGGAGGAUGUUACCAGGGUGAAACAACUCAUGAAAGAAGAGAAACUAAGUAAAACACAUGAUUGGAGCUGGAUUAGCAUUAAAGAAGUUUAUUCAUUUAAGCCCAAUGAUCGGUUGCAUCCUCAGAGUGCAGCGAUGUACAAGUUAUUGGAUGAAUUGCUAGACAAAGCAAAGGGUCUUGGGUACGAAUCACAAGAAAGACUUGAGCUAAUCGAAGAGGAGGAUGAGGAAAAGACAUACUCAUCUACUGUUUGUCACAGUGAAAAGCUGGCCGUUGCAUUUGGGUUGUUGAACACUCUAAAUGUUGCACCAUUAGUAGUUAUUAAGAGUACCACCAUGUGCAGGGACUGCCAUUAUUUUAUAAAGAUUAUCUCGUCACUGACAGCUAGAAAUAUCAUCGUAAGGGAUAGCCAACGGCUCCAUAAAUUUGCUACUGGACAUUGUUCCUGUGGAGAUUUUGGUGUCGGUCUUUGAAAACUUUGAUAAAAUUCGUAUACUAAUACUCCAUCAGAUUUUUACUGGUUUA